GACUGUUCUACUAACACAUCAAAAGCCUUCAUGUCCUCAGCGAGGUGACUGCACAGGCGGAUUUUCAUCAGGAAACAGGAAACACUGCCAUGAACUGGACUUACCAGUACAACUGGGACCACAUGGAUUAUUUUUGAAAAGUUAGCAUGUGCCAAGACAAUCACCUUCCUGUUGGGUUUCCCGUUAUGCUUCUCUCCUAUUUUUGUUCUGCGCCGCCAACGCUGACUUCCUGCUUUUAACCACAGGUCCAAUGGCUGUAGACUGCUCUAAACUGCAGAAACGUUUGCAAAGUCGUCGCAGCACUAUCAACUGCCUGUCAAAGGAUGGAAGAGACAAGAAGAUGUUUCCGUUUUCUCAGCAGAACGCAGUGAAAGCCUGGAGCUCUCUGGAGAACCUGGACACUCCCGAGUGCCCGGGAGGUGAAGAGAAACCCAAACAGCAACUUGACAUCAAGGUUAAUGUUGGCGGCAAAGUUUUCCACAUCCCCAAAAAGUGUGCCAUGAAAUAUCCUCACACCCGCAUCGGCGCUCUUGCAGCUAGUACAGACAGAGCCCAACUCAUCACCCUCUGUGAUGACUACUCCUUUCAAAACAAUGAAUUUUUCUUUGACCACGACCCAGCUUUUUUCCACCACAUCUGCCAUUUUUAUGCCAGCGGAGAGCUGUGGGUCAUCAAGCAAAUGUGCCCAAUCAACUUUGAGGAGGAGAUGGCAUACUGGGGUUUGAGUUUAAAGGACACCACACACUGCUGUUGUAUGAUGUUUGAGGAGAAGGUGGAUGAAAUGAAAGACAACCUGAAGGUGGAAAGGGAACUCAUGGCUGAGAUCGAGAUCAAGUAUGACGACGAGUUAUUCGAGGACAUGCUGUUUGGAAAGAUUCGGAAACGCCUGUGGAACAUCGUGGAGAAUCCCUAUUCUUCAAUUUGCGCGAAAGCGUUCAGUGUGGUCUCCAACCUCUUUGUCCUCUUUUCUAUUGUGGCAUUGUCUCUCAGCACGGUGGAUGAGCUUCAAAACUAUCAAUUUGGGGGCAGAACCCACAUGGAGUGGGUCGAGAUUAUCACCAUUGUGUUCUUUGGGUUGGAGUAUUUAACUCGCCUUUCCUCCACGCCGAACAUCAAACUCUUUUUGAAGAGUGGGCUCAACUUUGUCGACAUGGUGGCAGUCAUGCCUUAUUUUGCCCAGAUCAUCUUGGUAGCCACUUUUGGCUCAGAGGACGGGCACACACACGAAGACCUACGGACCCUGUCGAGAUUCAGCAACUUGGGUCAUGUCCUAAAAGUGGUCAAACUGCUGAGGAUAUUUCGCAUUUUGAAGCUGGCCCGCCAUUCAACUGGCAUGAGGGCCUUCGGGUUCACCCUGCGCCAAUGUUACCAGCAGGCCUCUUGCAUAUUGCUCUUCAUCGCCAUGGGAAUAUUUACUUUCUCUGCUCUCUUGCAUUCAGCAGAGAGGGAAACUGAGGGUUCUCCUAUCAGCAGUAUUCCAUACGCCUGGUGGUGGGCUGCAGUCAGCAUCUCCACUGUGGGCUAUGGUGAUGUGGUCCCUGUGACGGUCCUGGGUCGCGUCGUGGCCUUUGGCUGCAUCUCGUUCGGAAUCAUCCUGAACGGAAUGCCCAUCUCUUUCCUUUUUAACAAAUUCUCAGAUUACUAUGCCAAGCUAAAGGCGCAAGAGUACAACAUAAUCUCAGUCCAACGCCGCUUGCAGCUCAGGAGGCGCCUUCGACACAGGAUGGACACGCGUUUUCCUCUCACAGAGGAAGUGGACAGUCGUUCCCAAGCAUCCAAUGACAUUCCUCAUCCAACUGAUGGUUGAGAAGUUCAAAGUUCAAACUUGUGUUUUAAUAAAUCAGUGCCUGUACAUAUGAAAGGGAACAAAGUACUUUUCAGCAAGUGUUAUAAAAAUGAAUCCUUGGAAAUGUACAUAAAUCAUUCUGUUCAGGAUAGAUUGACAAUCGUAAUUACAAUACUACACGUCUAAUCUUUCCUCAGUUUGUACAUUAAAUUUACCUUUGUGCGACAUGCAGUAUACACAGUUAAAAAGAAAAAAAUAGCAGUGUGAUUAAAACUGUAAAGCUCCAAAUUAGUUUAAAAUAGUUCCAAAUAGUUUAAAUUUGAACCUUUCCCUGUAAGGCAAGCUUUUGUUCAUUGACACAUAGACUCUUGUUUUGAAACUCAUGCUUAUAUUUUGACAGAAGUACUGAAGAACCAGAAGUAUUGGGACUCGUAGCUGAGAGAGAGAAAAAAAGAUUGGUUCCAAUCAGUGCAUGCAGUAAGAAAUUUUAAGAAAUUCCGUGUACAAAUGUGCAGUUAAAAAUGAGUUUGUGAAGUUACUUGGGACACGCUAACGUUCAUCUUUUUAAUUGUUUUUUUGGAUGUGUUUUGUUCAGUGUUGGCACGGUGUGCAACUGGUUAGAGCGUUUGCCUCACAGUUCUGAGGACCAGGGUUCAAAUCCCCGGCCGCGCCUGUGUGGAGUUUGCAUGUUCUCUCCGUGCCUGUGUGGGUUUUCUCCGGGUACUCUGAUUUCCUCCCAAAAACAUGCAUGGUAGGUUAACCGAAGACUCUAAAUGGCCUGUAGGUGAGAAUGGUUGUUUGUUUAUAUGUGCCCUACGAUUGGCUGUCGACCAGUUCGGGGUGUACCCCGCCUCCUGCCCGCAAUUAGCUGGGAUAGAUGGAUAUUUAUUUUUUUCCGGUUAAAAGGAAGUCACUUACCUUGUUAUAAUUGUCGCUUGUCAUUUUUUUUUUUCCGUGUGUGUUGCAAAUCCACUGUACACAGUUUGAUGUGUCAACAUGGAGUCAUCUACUGUACUGUACAUUUGUUUUGUUCAUUGAAAUGACUUUUACACUGAAACCUGCCCCCACCCCCCUAACAAUUAUUCCCAUAGUCAUCUAAAAAAAAACAACCAAAAACAUGUCACAAUGAAUGCUAUCACUGGUCAACACAUGCCGUAACAACUCAGCUUUAUCAGUAUUGUAGCCCAGCACACAAUCUCAGGAAGUGGUCAGGUCAACUGAGAAAUAGCAUCACAAUGUAACUUCUUCUUGUGGCACUUCUCAGUUGCCGUUUCCCCACAAUGACUCAUUUCCCCUAAUGUGACCGCCACUCAAACAUAUUCGCCCACUGCAGCUCAUGUCUGCUGUCUAUAAAAAUAAUUGUCAGUUUUGAGAUUGCCAUCUUUCUUCAUUACGCAAACUAAAGUUGUCCCUUUUGGUUUUCCAGAGUGCGGAUGGGCCUUUGCCUCAAGUCAUCAUUUGUAAAGUUGGUUGGUUGCAAGUUUUAACCGUUCUGUGACCAAGCUCAAAACUCGACCAGUACAGUAUAACGAAUCAAGUGUCUUCUUUCAAAUAAUUUCAAAUGCCAUUAAUGGGUACCCUCGCCCCCCCCCCAAAAUGUUGUUUUUCAUAAAGAAAAAUAGCACUGUAUUGUAUAGAAACAUAUUGAAAUAGAAUGGAAAGAAAUAAACUGU